CCAAAAUGCCCCUCCAAAAGCUCAACACGCCAAGAACCCACCACCACCACCGCGCGCUGCCAGGGGAGGAGGAGGAGGAGGAGGAGGAGGCCGCCGGCCCGCCGCAGUAAUCGGGCGGACGAUUCCUCGCUGCCGAUAGAAGGAAUCAUCCAGAUUUCUCGUGAGCUCCAAAGGGAGACGACUGGAGUUCAGGCAUGCCACCGAGAGGAAGGAAGCACUGGUGCAAGCUAUGCAAGAAAAGCUUCCCAUCUUGCAAUUCGCUCGGAGGCCACAUGAAUCUUGCAAUCCGCGACAAGUGCAUGCAAAAGAAGCUAGCAAGGAGCACCCUUAGCCUUCCGAAAAUCAGUGCUGGUGCUGGUGGGUAUAGACUCCGGGAGAGGCAACAUAGUACCUGGUUGUUACGUGAUUCUAGCGUUGAUGAGGAUCAGACAAUGGUCCCCAAGACGGAAUGUCAGUUGUGCUUCAAGGUUUUUGCAUCCUGCCAUGCGCUGUCGAUGCACAUGAGAGCGCAUACGCGCCAUGAGAAGAAGAUGGUGGCAAAGGAGGCAUCAAGAAAGAGCAGUGGAUAUUGUGAUCACAAUGACGCUGUGCCUACUCCAGUGAUGUUGACAUAUGGGAUAGAGGAAGUGAAUGCUGCGCGUGUUCUUCUGAUGAUUUCAGGACAUUCUGGCAUGGAUUCAGCUUCUGAGCAUUGCAAUGAGGAUUACGAGAUGGAUGGCAACUCGGCCUACCGUAUGCAGAAGAAUGAGAGGGAGCUGGAUUAUUCUUUUCAUGGCCAAAUUGGGGGUGCUGAUUUGAUGAUGCCAGAAAGCCCCAGUUCUGAUGCCAAGCUGAAGUUCAGCAGUCUUUCACGAGUGUUGAAGGCAACAGAAAGCCACGAUUGCAAGCUCUGUGGCAAGGUAUUCACAUCCAGCAAAGGAUUGGCGAGCCAUAAGAAGUUUCACAAAGCGGAUAGCCGGUUGCUAUGUCUCAACCUCCCUGGUUUCAUUGACAGAAAAUACAGAAGCAGGAGUCCAAAGUCUGCACAAACUCCAUGGUGGACCACAAGAGGUUUUCGGAGUGAGCGGAUUCUGGGCGGUGUCUGAAAUUGGCACAGUUUCGGAAUCAGUCUGGUGAAAAGAUUGGUGAAGGAUAUUGAUGCCAUGAAUGCCCUUCAUAGAUUUACUUAGUAGUUAGUAGUACUCUGCUAUUAGGAAUGGCCAUCGUUCUUACAUGUAGCGCUGCAGUUUUGUUCCUCAAAUACUGAACUGUAUCCAGCGACAAUGAAGUGAGGGCCAUGGUCUCAUUUUUGGUUGCCCCCGUGGGGCAUAGCAUGCUUGUUCAGGUUGUUACAAACUUGCAAUGCAUUUUAUUUUGUUUCUCUGACUCUGUGGUAACAGAGAUGGUUCCUGAA